GCCGCUCGCCCGGGCCGCAGCCGGUUCCCAUCCCAUCCCAACCCGCCGGGCCAGUUCUGCCACCCACGGAGUGCCAGACAUGACACAAGAGUACGACAACAAAAGGCCAAUCUUGGUUCUCCAGAAUGAAGCCCUUUACUCUCAGAGGCGGCCAUUUACCAGUGAGGAUGAAGCCUGGAAGUCCUUUCUUGAAAAUCCACUUACUGUGGCAACCAAAGCCAUGAUGAGCAUCAAUGGGGAUGAAGACAGUGCUGCUGCAUUGGGUCUCCUAUAUGACUACUACAAGGUUCCCCGGAGAGCCUCAGCAGUGAAACCAGAUGUCGAUCAUUCGGAUCAGGAUCAUGGCAAAAGGAACAGUAUACCAAACAUGACGGAACAGUCGCUCAUUUCUCCUGGGGAAAACCGAGUGCAAGUCUUGAAAAAUAUGCCUUUGAAUAUUGUCCUCCCGCACACUUCCCAAAUGGGUGUGGACAAGCGGGGCCACCUGACGACUUCGGACACGACUGUCACGGUCUCUGUGGCCUCCAUGCCUGCCCAUUCAAUCAAGACAGAAGCACAGCCACACAGCUUCACAGUGGGCGUUCCUCCAGCCGUUUAUCACUCGGAAGCCCCCCCUGAUCGGGUGGUGGUUUUAGACCGAACCCUCAGUGCAGACCAGUUUAGUUCCAGCGCCCAGACUCAGAAUUCCCAGCGGCGCACUCCGGAUUCUACCUUCUCAGAGUCCUUCAAAGAAGGCGUGCAAGAGGUUUUUUUCCCUGCCGAGUUGAAUCUUCGAAUGGCCAGCAUGAAUUCUGAAGACUACGUGUUUGAAAGCAUUGCUGGGAACAACUUUGAAUAUACACUGGAAGCUUCUAAAUCACUUCGACAGAAGCCAGGAGACAAUACCAUGACCUACUUAAACAAGGGCCAGUUUUAUCCCAUCACCUUGAAGGAGAUCAGUGGUGGGGAAGGAAUCCAUCAACCCAUCAGUAAAGUUCGAAGUGUCAUCAUGGUCGUAUUUGCUGAAGACAAAACAAGAGAGGAUCAGCUCCGGCACUGGAAGUACUGGCACUCCAGGCAGCAUACAGCUAAACAAAGGUGCAUUGACAUCGGACCAGUGGUGGUGGUGGUGGCGGCUGGGUUCGGCAAGCAGGAAAUGGCAGUGGCGAUGAAGAGCCGGAGAGGGGAUGAGAGGGCGGUGGUCUUCAUUGCUGUCAAUUGCCUCAGCACCGACUUCUCUUCUCAGAAAGGUGUCAAAGGCCUUCCUCUGAAUCUUCAGAUCGACACCUACAGCUACAACAACAGGAGCAACAAACCUGUCCACAGAGCUUACUGCCAGAUUAAAGUCUUUUGUGACAAGGGAGCAGAAAGGAAGAUAAGGGACGAGGAACGAAAGCAAAGCAAAAGAAAAGGCAAGUGCACUGACCCCAGCUCUCAGCUGAAUGCCUUUUCUGAUGUCAAAGUACCCAUGCUUCCCUCCCACAAGCGAACCGACAUCACCGUUUUCAAGCCAUUUAUGGACCUUGAUACUCAGCCAGUUCUCUUCAUACCUGAUGUUCACUAUUCCAAUAUUCAGCGUGGAGUUCAUGUCUUUCCUCUUGCAUCUGACGAACUGGAGGGCGAAGGCUCUGCCAUGAAGAGGGGGCCUUAUCUAAAUGAAGAUGAUUUUGCUGCCAGCCCAAUUAAGCUGUCUCGAAUAGAGGAACCAAAACGAGUGUUGCUAUAUGUCCGAAAAGAAUCGGAAGAAGUCUUUGAUGCACUUAUGCUUAAAGUUCCGUCUCUGAAGGGCCUCAUGGAAGCGAUAUCUGACAAAUACGAGGUCCCUUUGGAUAAAAUAGGAAAAGUCUUCAAGAAAUGUAAAAAAGGUAUCUUAGUGAAUAUGGAUGACAACAUUGUGAAGCACUAUUCCAAUGAAGACACCUUCCAGUUACAGAUCGAAGAAGCUGCUGGGACGUACAAACUGACACUUACUGAGAUCUAAAGCCUAGCUUUGUUGGACCUCCUGUGGGAUUUUUAAAUGAAGGUUGUGAACACAAACCUCUCAUUGCUGUUGUCCUCAGGAUUUAAGCAUGCCUUUAGGAAAGAAGCCAUUUAUUUCCCCAGAGAUUAAUACCCUUUUUGAUGUUUUAAAAACCAAAAUUUAUAUACAUCUGCAUACUGUCCUUUUGGCUACAGCACUGCACUUUGAACAGAUGAAUGGAAGAUGUACUGAAUUAAAAUGCAAAUCCAAACAGCACAUCUGACCAAAGCACUAUAAGAGAGUCUUGUGGUGACACUAUCUGCGCAUUACCUUAUCCAUUAUAUGUGUCCGGGUUUGUUCAUCAGUUGCUUUCAGAGUUAUUUCCCCCCACUAUGUACAGCUUCAGGAUUCCCAAUGAUGCUUAAAGGAAGUCCAUUAAAGUCUGGAACCAGA